AAUAUGUCAAUGCCAUCAGGUGUGUUGUGGUCUCUUACAGAGAAGUUGUUAAACUGCAAAUGUAAUCAUAUUUGCUAUAAAUAAAAAAUAUUCCCUGAAAAUUUUACGAUGAAUUUCGGUGGAACCUUAAGAAUAAAUAAAUUCGCUUGUUUUACAUUAGUUUUCAUGUUAUUUUUGAUAAUAUAUUGGCGAUCUGGUAGCUCAAAUUAUCCGAUUGACAAAGAUGAUCUUGUAAAUUUAAAAAGUUUGUUGAAAGCAGCUAUAUAUGCUGCUGAGCGAGGUGGUAAGAAGAUAAUAGAAGGCAAGAAUCAUGAGUUGAACGUGAGAAGUAAAGGGAAAACUUUAGAAGGAGCGAACGAUCCAGUGACCGAUGCAGAUUAUGCAUCACACUGUGCUAUGUACUAUGGCUUAAAAAAGACAUUUCCGAAAGUAGCUAUUGUGUCAGAAGAGCAUAAAACUACUAAUGAUGAGACCUGUGAGCUACAGGAACCAUUGGAGAUUGACGAAUCACCCCCUGAACACAAAAUUAUUGAAUAUUUAAAUGAUGAACACAUAUUUACUAAAGAUGUGACAAUAUGGAUUGAUCCCUUAGAUGCAACCAUGGAAUAUACCGAGACUUUGUAUCAGUAUGUGACUACAAUGGUCUGUGUGGCAGUAAACGGGAACCCAGUGAUAGGUGUGAUCCACUAUCCGUUCCCACCGCGCACAUAUUGGGGGUGGGUGUUGAAGAGAACUUCUUCAAAUAUAAAACCAGUUGUUCAUAGAGAAGGAAACAAAAACCAACCGAGAGUAGUUGUGUCUCGCUCACACCCGGGCAAAGUGGCCGAAAUGGCAAAACAGGCGUUCGGCUCAGAGACUACUGUCACUCCCGCCGCCGGGGCAGGCAACAAGGUCGUGGGGGUCGUUAAUGGCACUUACGACAUUUACCUACACGCCACGGCAAUAAAAAAAUGGGACCUAUGCGCGGGAGACGCCCUCAUAAGGGCAGCAGACGGUAAGAUGACGACCGCUAAGGGAGAAUUAAUAAAAUACUUUCAAGAAGGAGAUGUGAAAGUGACAGACGGCCUUCUAGUUUCAUUAUUCGAUCACGAUUAUUAUUUGAGUAAAAUGCCGAAAAUAUUAUCGGCGAUGCCUUGAAUGUGCCAAUAUUGAUUGAUGACUAUUGUGAAUCUGUAUAAGGCCUUAGUCGUACGAGCGUUUUUUUUUCGUCAUGGCGUCGUACUAGCUUUUUUUUCAGCCCCGUGUAUGUGAAAUCUAUGUCUUUCGUCCGUGAUGAAAAAAAAAGCGCUUGUGCCACAGGUCUGAAUAUGACCAUUGUUUGAUAAGUAGAAGUAAAAACAGGCUAGUCUAUUUUUCUUAUUGGAAAUAUAUGUAUCGUUAUUUGGAUUUCAUUAUUGACGAUAAACAUGAUUAUUUAUAUUAAAUUUUCUUACUUUUAGUGCAAUCUAUAAUUAAGGAUGUAGGUAUGUACAUAUUAAUAAUAUCGAAUUUCCAUUAUGU